AUGGGUUGUGCUUUUGGUAUGCUGGGCUUGAAAUAUGUCUUCAAUUACCUUGCAGCUAGUGUUUGGCCCCAUGUCAGAGAUGGAGAAGAGAAUACUGGUACUAUUGGAAACAUAUUGCAUGAAAUAAGGGAUCAGAAACUGGCACUGAUAUAUUGUGGUUCUUGCACAGAAACAGCUGAUAUUGAUGGAGAACAGUCUAGUCUGCUAGACUGUGAAAUAGAUAUUCAGCAGAGCAGGCAAUUAUUCACGGAAGACCGAUCAACGCAAACAUUGAUAAAAACUGAGCUGGCGUUCAUGAAUUCUUUUUCAGCAAGGAAGGCUGAGUAUAAUAGCAGCGACUCUGACAAGGAGAGCUCUUUUAUAUUUUCUGUGACAUCGUCACCUUUCAUAGAACACAUUUCUGAGAUAUCGGAGCCCAGGAUAGAGCAAAUGGAAGCUUCUUCAGCUAAAGGUAAGGAUAUUUCAUGUCGAAAUAUUCAUUUCCCUAGAAAGUCUUUGGAAGAGGAGAGCUGUAACGCUAAAAUGAGUGCGGAUAAUCGAUGGAUUGAAAGUCAAUCUGGAGUUAUUUCACCGGAGCCUGUCACACCACCGGAUCAGAUUCUUGCUUGGGGCGAGAUGCCUUAUUCCAGAGAGAGAAAGCGCCGGGCUGCUCAAAGAGCGCAGAGGGAAGCAAAUCAACGCAUGUCUGAAAUGCAGAAUGCGAAAUUUCCAGCACACCAUCAGUCGAGCAGCACCUUGACAGACUCUGAUGAACCUGGAAACCUAGAUAGCCCGGAGGUUGAAUAUCAAUAUACACCGCAAUCAGACAGGCACGAAAAUUACGCGCCGUAUGUUAACCCGGUCGAUGGCAUUAUUUAUUACUUCCGAUUCUCCCCGGUACCCUUUAAGGGAUUCGGGAACAGUACGUUAGGUCCUUCGCGAAGCCCCAGUCCCCAAAGUGAGGCCGACGAUGAGGAUUUCAUGGAUGAAGUUGCCCUUAGCCCAACCCCCUUGAUUGAUGGGAGCGGUAGGAGGGUUAUAGUCGACACGGUUGGCUGGCGGCAGUGGAAUUUCGAGACCGAAUGUAAAAUAAACGAGAGUGUCUGCCGGCUCUCGGGCGACGUGAGAGGAAGGAAAGAUGCAGAAGAAGGCGGUGAUCAAUACAUGUCUGUAUGA